AUGACCAGCAGAGAUCGAGUGCGGCAGCUUUUGUAUAGACCGCUGAACCCCGAACGCAAAGAAAUCAGGGUCUUGGUGGUUGAUGGUGGGCAGCAAGACACACGACCAUUAUCUCUUGCUGGGCAAACAUGCUCGAAUGGCCACACUCAAGGUUCGCUCGCGUUCCGACUGGAACACAUACGACUGACGGACCACGUCGUGCCUUUCUACGAUGCCGUAUCCUACAGCUGGGGCGGUGACAAGGAAGAUCGCACGCAGGUCGUUCUCGAUGGGCUGCCUUUCUGGAUUCCAACCAAAGCAGAGCAGGCUCUGCGCGCAGUCUGUUUGGAGCAUGGUCAUCCCAGGCUCUGGCUUGAUGCUGUAUGCAUCGAUCAAGAAGAAGCUCGCGAGAAAAGCCUCCAGGUUGCCAUGAUGGGAGAAAUCUAUUCUAAAGCACGACGUGUUUUGAUCUGGCUCGGAGAGGAUCGUGGCGAUACCGAUCCUGCAAUACGAUCGAUACGCAAGCUGCUUGAGGGUAUCGAGCAGAAGUUACCUGCACACUGGAACUCUAUCUACUCCUUAUUUUCGAGAAAGUGGUUCACGCGGGCUUGGAUC